AUGGUGACUGCGGCCGGUGUGAUCCUUAGUACCGUUCUUGGUGCUUCCGCAAGAAGGCUCCAAGUUCAGCUUGUGGGCAAGCAAUUCGGCAGAUCCUGGGACAGAGUGCCAGGCUACGCCUUGUCAAUUGGUGCAUUCUUUGGAGGUUACUUGAUUUGUGACCAUUUCGUUGAAAGAAACAGACAUUUGUUGAACAGAAGAUUGGCUCAGUUACGUGAACAGAGAGCCCAGGUUGACGCCUUCCACGAGUUCGACUUGGAGGGUGACCACAGAAUCACCGCACAGAAGAGAUCUCGUAAGUUCUUCGAGUUAUUCGACAAGUAUGGUCAGGACUACAAAUAA